AUGGGUUUUUUAUCAGGUUCCGAAGCCUUUUUUGCUGAUCAUCAAGUUGAUCGGCCAAACACUUUCAAAAUUUAUAAUCCAAAAAUGCAUUACUAUUUUCGGAGAGUUGAUGAUGAGGUUGUAUUGUGCAAUUUGGUGUCUCGUCACUUAUUUACGUCGUCAUAUGACCACCUGUUUGACGUGACUAAAGACAAACUGGAAUUAUCAAAUAAUGAUCAAACAAAUAAUUAUUCGGAUGAUGUCGACACUCUAUUUGAACUCAUCAAUAGAAAUUUAACAUUUCUUCAAGAAUUUAUUCCAACCAUUUCCCUGGCAGGAAAUAACAAACAAAGCGUCAAUAAUUUCAUCGAUUCAUGUAAUCAAAGAUUUAAACAUUCUACUCCUCAAUAUGUCAUGUUGACAGUUGCCAUUUGGUAUAAGAAUGAAAUGGCAGGAUUAGUAGGCAUUCAAAAUUUUAAUGCGGCAAAUUUUAAUUGUGAAGUUGGAUAUUGGAUUGGUCAAGAAUUUCAAUCGAAAGGAAUUGCCAUUCGAGCAGUGAGACAAUUUUGUAGAGAUCAAUUGUUUUGUUCACAAAAUUAUUUUCAAAGUCGAUGCCGAGAAUGUGAGGAGUUGUAA